AUGGCUCCCCAGCUGCGGAGGGGCUCCCUCGCCCUCCUGAUGGGCGUCACGCUGCUGGGUUUGGCCCGCGCUCAGUGCCCGGAAGAGUGCUCCUGCUCCCGGUCGGCCCAGGUGGAAUGCUCCGGCCCCGACAUCACCGAGAUGCCCGGGCCCCUGCCCCCCAAUGCCAUGAGCCUGCAGGUCCUCAGCACCGGCAUCGCUGAGCUGGGGGAGGCGGCUUUUGGGAACGCCUCGGUCCUCAUCGCCCUGCGGAUGGAGAAGAACGCCCUGUCCCGCAUCAGCCCCGGGGCCUUCCACCACCUGCUCUCCCUGCGCUACCUCAGCCUGUCCAGCAACCAGAUCCAGGAGCUGCCGCUGGAGCUCUUCCAGAGCCUGCCCCGGCUGGAGUCCCUCCUGCUCUCGGGGAACCGGCUCUUGCGCCUCCACCCCGCCCACUUCACCCGGCUGGGCGGCCUCAAGGAGCUCCAGCUGCAGGGCAACCACCUGCAGGCCAUCCAGCCGGGUGCCUUCGACCAGCUGGCCUCUCUCGCCAAGCUCAACCUGGCCAAGAACCGCCUCUCCCGCCUCCCGCCCCGCCUCUUCGCCCAGCUGAGGGGCCUGCAGGUGCUCAGGCUCUACGAGAACCAGCUCGCGGAGGUGCCCCCCCGGGCCUUUGAGGCCCUCUCAGAGCUCCAGGAGCUGGGCCUCCACCAGAACCAGAUCUACCAGCUGCCCUCCGGGCUCUUCUCCACCAACCGCCGGCUGCAGAAGCUCUUCCUCUCCAACAACCGGCUUGAAGCUCUCCCCGAGGGCAUCUUCCUCGACCUGCCGGAGCUCAGCCGGCUCUCCCUCUUUGCCAACGCUCUUCGGGAGCUGCAGCCGGCCUUUGGGCCCAUGCCCCAGCUGAGGGAGCUCUGGCUCUAUGACAACCAGCUGGCCACCCUGCCCGGCCACCUCUUCAGCAACCUCACCGGCCUGCAGCUCCUCGUCCUGAGCAGGAACCGCAUCCGCUCCGUCUCGCCGUCUGCCUUUGCUGGCCUGGGGGCCCUGGCGGAACUCUCCCUACACACCAACGAGCUUCACACCCUGGAGGGGGAGACCUUCCGGGGCCUGAGCCAGCUGCAGAACCUCUCCUUGCAGAACAACCAGCUCCACUCCCUCCCGGGGCGCCUCUUCCAGAACACGCCAGGCCUGGUGACCCUGCAGCUGCAGAACAACUCCCUGGAAACCCUCCCCCCUGGACUCUUCAGUCGGCUUCUCCACUUGCGUGACGUCCGGCUGCACGACAACCCCUGGUCCUGCGAUGGCCAUCUCCUGGCACUCCGAAAGUGGCUCCAGGAGAACCAGCCCCGCCUGGGGAGCAGCCGCCCGGUGUGUGCCCUCCCGCCCCACCUGCAGGGGCAGCCCCUUGUGGGGCUGGACGAGGGGCUCUUGGCCUCAGAGACCCCUGUGGGCACAGACAGGUGGCAGACAACCCCCUCUGGCCAGACAGAGAGCCCUUCCCGGGGGCAGAGCCCAGGGACCCCCUUCCAGCUGCCGCUGGACAAUGAGCCGGGCAGUGCGGAGACAGAGCAGGACUGGCUGAGGCCUAUUACUGAGCUCCCUGGCCCCCAUGUUGACCACGCCCAGGGUGGGAUUUGGGGCCUGACCCGCACCCAGACCGGGGUGGUGGUCACCUUCAUUGUGGUCGGCUGCGCUUUGCUGCUGGGCACGGUGGUGGCGGGGGCUCUCUACGGGUACCGGAGGAAGAGUCGCCUGCAGCUGGCUGGAGCCAGAGCCUAG